GUUAUUAUGUUUGUAAUCUCCUCAGCUUCUCACAUUUGUCACUUCUCCGCUUAGCAUCUUCUUCAUCUAUCAUUGUCCUUUCCCCAUUACUUUGUUUUUAAUUUAAUAUUUAAUUUCCUUCCCUUUGUUUAAUGUCAAGUAUUAAUCAAUGGCUUCCAUUAAUUUGUUCCACCUUUAUUUCGACCACUCUUGUCUUCUUGUUUUAUCCCCUUCUGCUGUAUUUCUUAAGGUUUCAAUGUUAUAUCCAAAUUUCAACGUUGAUCACUUCUUCUAGUAGUCUCAAAACAGAGCUUGGCUUUUACCGACUUGCAUGUAUCUUGACGAACAAGAAACUGAUAGAAGGUAAAUGUGAGGUGAAAAGAUAAAGAGUAAAAUGGCAAUGUCAUUGGAAGACCUUUUGGCUGAGGAAGGUUUCAAGAGGAGGAAAGACAAAAUGAAGGCCAGAGCUUCCUUUGCUUUGGAACGGAGAAGUGGCCCUCUUUACAUGGAACAGGAAAGGCAUGUAUCUGGUUCUCUGCUGGCUGUGAGGAGAACUGAGAGGACGAGAUCUGAUAUACCUCGUUCCGAUUUUAAAGCAGAAUUCUCAACAAGUGGCAGCUUUUCAGUGAGGAAGCCAAGGGACAAUCUUAGCAGGGAUAGAGGAAUUGUUAUGAAUGAUGGAAGAAGAAGCCAUGGAGAUUUACUGGAUGCAAAGAGAUUCAGCACUAGUACAGAGAUAACCGAGGUGAUUCGGAGUGAUGGGAUAGUUGAGGAGGGAAUUGACAGGUCUUAUAAAGACAUAUACUCGAAUAAAGUUUAUGGUCACAUCAAACAUGAAGGGAAUGAUUCAGCUCCUUUGAAUGGUAUAGUGAUGGAAAACAAGAAAGAUAAGAACAACUCCUUUAAGCAUACUUAUCCUCAUGCUGAUCACCGGAGUUACAGGGAUACUAAUCCAAGAAGCGUCAGACGACCUCAGAGCUCCGAAAGAAGAUCAUCAAACAAAGUUGUUGAAAUUAGUGGCAACAAAUUUGAUGAAAGUAGAAGCAUAAGACAAAACAAGCUUGACGAGGUUCAAGCUGCCCCUGCUCUUGAUGAAGCCGCCGUUAAAGCAAUCAUUUCCAUCUUCAGUGGGCAUGCCAAGCGGUUUCUUGACGAUGAGGAUUUCAGGACAUCUCUUCAUCAUAGUACUUUUGCUUCCCUCAAUUUGAUCGGAGUUGAUGAGAGCCUGAGCACUGAGAGCAAAGUCGUGGAAAAUCUCGAAGAAGCUAUAGAGACCAUUGAAAAAGCUGCAGAGGAGGAGAGUGCAAACUUGAAGGAAUUGAAAAGGGCAUCACUACAGCUUAGUGUGAUCGCGGGAUUAAACUCGAGUGAUAUCAGGGAUGGAUUCACAUCUGGAGUUCCUAAUCUAAGGCUGUCAGCUUGUGCUCAUCUCUAUCUCAGUGUAAUAUAUAUGCUGCAAAGAAAAGAUAAGGUUGCAGCAAAGCAUCUUGUUCAAGUAUUCUGCGACUCCCCAUUCCAGGCGCGGACACUCUUGCUGCCUGAUUUGUGGGACCAUGUAUUUCUUCCUCAUCUCUUGCAUUUGAAGGAAUGGUAUGAUAAGGAAACUUACGCGGUGCCAGAUUCCCCUGUUUUGAUGAAUCCGAAGCUUCGGGACAAAGCUUAUAGCAAAAGUCUGGAUUCAGGAACCUAUCAAUUUGCAAUGUACUAUAAAGAUUGGAUGAUAGAUGGGGUCGGAGAACCUGCAGUCCCUGUUAUCAGAGUUCCUUCUUUCUCUGUUCAGUUGAUGCUAAGGGGAGGCUUGCUCGGCCAUACGAGUAGUCCUGCUAGUCACGUCUCGCCUCAGCCAAUGGUCAGUAAAGAACUGUACAAUGAAGUGUUUAAGCUUUCAGAUAAGCCUCGAGUCGAAUCUGAUUUUAACGAAGAAGAAAACUUUGACAGCACUGCUGCUAGAAACUCCAAUAGUCCAGCUCCAGAAGACAAACAGCUAAUUUUGUGCACUAAUGACUCGGUCAUACAAGCAAAUAAAGAAGCCGAAUCUCCCACUAAUAAUAUACCUGAAGUAGCAUGGAUAAUGCAUUCAGAGGAUUCAUCAGGAGAAGAAAAUCGUCGAGGAAAUUUACACGUAUCAUAUAAGAUUCAAGCACUACCUCCUGCAAAAGAUAACAAUCUUGUAAUCGAGAUGGAACAAACUGAAGAUUCAGAUCAUCAUUCUACACCAAGGUUCUUACCACAUCCUGAAGAUGCUUCAGACCAUGUAGUAUCGGAAAACAAACUGGAACUUUCUAUUCGAGAAUUGCAGGAGAACUAUGAAUACUUCACUGGAAAACCUGUUCGGUGUAGCAUCCCAAAAGAUUUUGUUUGCCCCUUGACGGGGCUUCUUUUUAAAAAUCCGGUGACUCUCGAGACUGGUGAAACUUUCGAGCAUGAAGCUAUAGCAGACUGGUUUAGUACUAAAGGAUGCUUCACGUGUCCCGUCACUGGAAAAACAUUACAAUAUGAGGCUGUCCCACCUACAAAUCUCAUUCUGAAGCGUAUUAUUGAUAAAUGGAAGACAGAUCAUAUUGAACCUCUCUUGGCUUUACUCUCGCAAGUAACAUCGGGUUCCGAUGGAGUUAUAGAAGUAGACUAUAACACGGUCAUUUGCAUCUUAGGGGAACUGCUCCAAGUUAUGAGUAAGGAGGAGAGAAUAAUACAUACUAGACGAGUUAUAUCUCUGGGCGGCCUGCAGCUUCUGUCAAUAAGAUUUGACACUUCCGAUGCUGAGGAGAAAAUGUUUAUCUUAGCACUGCUGUGCUCUUGCAUUGACGCUGAUGCAGACUGCAGGAAUUGGAUUGCUAGAAACAUAAACAAAUCGAACUUGCUGGAAGUGCUUCAGAGUGAAGAGCUAGAAUCUAGAAAAAAUGCUGUGUUACUUCUGGCCAAACUAGUUUGUUUUAACAGGAGGAGCAGAGCAAAAUGCUUUUUGGAAGGCCUAGGUGAUGAAGAGUUACUAAAUGCAAUGGACCAUUUGAACAUGUAUCUUCAGACAUGCCCUCUGGAACAGACACCGUUAGUCGCUAUUCUGAUUCUGCAUCUCGAUCUGCUGUCAGGAAUACAUACCAGCAACAUAUAUCGACAGAAGGCUGUUGAUGCCCUCUCCACGGCUCUGAUAAGAAGCUUAACAGACGAUGAAAAAAUUCAGAAGAAGUGUUGUAGAGCUCUCCUUAUCCUUGGAGGCUUCUUCUCCUCAUCCGGGAAACUUAUGACGGAGGAUUGGAUCCUAAAACUAGCUGGUUUUCUCAAUGGUCCGGAUUGGGAUGUUGCUGACGAUCAUACAACAGUUGAUGGGGUAACAACGGUUGAUUCUGUGAGCGAAGAUGAUGAAGAAGAAGCUGCGAGGGAGAAAUGGUUAAAAAGUUUGUCAGCUUCACUGCUCGGGGAUGGGAAGAAGUCGUUCUUGGAGGCUGUUUCCAAGUGCCUGAGCUUAGGGAAGUCGGGUUUGGUGAGGGUGUGUCUGACAACAGUGGCAUGGUUGAGCUUCUCGCUCGCUUCAUUACACGACACGAAAUAUCAGCUUUCCGCCUUCUCUGCUCUAAUAUCUCCACUCAAGCAGUACCUGGAAUAUGGGGUGCUAGUGGAGCAGAGGAUUCUCGCUUCUCUUUCUCUACUUAAUUUCAGUACAAUUCCAGAAUGCCGGAUAUUGCUGAUGAAGAUCGCGGAUGAGAUCGGGCCUUGUUUAGAUGACCUAGCAGAGGUAACAUGGACAGCUACAGAGCUAUAUGCCAUCAUUUACGGGCAAAGGAGGUAGAAGCUAUUACUGAAAAUAAAUAAGCUUCUUUGCUUUCAUGUAUAUGUGCGUUACUUGUGCAAUUUUUCAGUAGUCAUAACUGUCUUUUAGCAUCUUCUCGAGGAAAUAUAUAUACUGCUUUUGAAUGUAGUUAUGCAUAUCGCUCUCCAUUAUUCAAAACAUCUUAAAUCAAUGGAAACUUGCAAACUUCC